AAGAAUAGAAACGUGACAGGAGCUGAACAGUUGUAAAAUAAUACAGGAUACGCGCUUUGUUUGCCUAUAUAUGUACAAUACUGUUGUUUAUAUCUUAUUCAAACAUUUACUCGCUUCAUAUUAUCGUGAUGAUGACGACAAAUAAACACAGUUAACGGUCAAGUCACGGCCGGACAACUGUGGAUAGCUUUUACUUUGGCAAUUCAAACCGGAAACACGAAUACCAACGACGAAGAACCAACGUAACUAUUCGGGAAGUGACAGGAGCUUAACAUUAGUUAAACGUGCACAAAUACGCAAAAAGACGCCAGCCUGUUUAUCUCCGCAAGCAAUGUAAAACGUCAACACCCUCCACCCCACCUCCACAGCCAUGCCAGUCCAGUUUGUUUACUGGAAUCAAGACUUUAUAAAAGAUGUGCCCGUCAGUACCAAUAACACGUCUGCAUGGAAAUCGAGGUUUGACACUGCCAUUCAAGCUGGAUGGAUUGACAGGAUGGAGAGGGGGCUCCUUCGCUACCGUUUGGAGGAUUUACAGUCACGUAUCCUGCCUGGCCCCUGUGGUUUUGUUGCCCAGUUAAAUAUCAAGAGAGGACUAAAGCGAAGAAAGCCUCAAGAGAUCCUAAGUAUUCAGCAAGAUUUCAAUGCUGAGCUGUUUAAUUUUAACAAAGUCAAUCCAGAUGAGAUCAUAUUUGAGAUGAUUAAGGGAUCUGAGGAAGGGCAUGAAAUUGGCCCUCAAUCGUGUAAGACUGUUGUGUUGGUCAAUGUCAGUCCUCUGGAGUUUGGACAUUGUCUUUUUGUUCCAGAUCCAACACGCUGCUUUCCUCAAAUCCUCACUAGGUUUGCCGUUGAAGUUGGUAUUGAAUCGGUCCUGCUCAGCUCUGAUCCAUCUUUUCGUGUAGGCUUCAACAGUCUCGGAGCAUUUGCAUCUGUCAAUCAUUUACAUCUUCAUGGAUAUUACUUGAAGUAUAAGCUCAGUAUUGAAACUAUUCCUGUCCGUCCGCUUAUUCCCGACAAAGGAUUUUAUACUUUGGGAGGAUUUCCUGCAGGUUUUCUAUUCUACACUGAAUCCAAGGGAAUGAAGGAUGUCGCCAGUGCCAUCUGUCAUGUCACUGACUUUCUAGUGGAGGCCAAUGUCCCUCACAACCUCUUCAUGACCAGAGGAGCCUCACCCUGCGAAGACGAUGAUGACAAGUUAUUAAGAAAAGGCGUACGCAUUGCCGUGUGGCCCAGAGUAGCUUGUUUUGGUACCAAAGAGGAGUCCGCUCUCAAUGUUGCACUAUGCGAGCUUGCUGGACAUCUACCAUUUAAGAACAAGAAGGACUAUGAGCUCACCACUGAGUCACGUGUUAUAGAAAUCAUUCAGCGUUAUCUUCUCCCGCAUGAAGAUUUCCUACAAUUGGAAAAGCAGCUUACUCAUCAUUUAAUGACACUGUAAUGAUUUGACAAAACAUGUUGAGUUCUGCUCAGUCCUUAUGAUAUUAAUAAAUGACACAUUUAAACUUU